AUGCAUUUGCUUUUCCAUCUGGCCGUCUUCUUAUCUCUAGGUAAGCCGGUCCGAGUCUAGGGCGCAGUUUGGAGAAAUUAUUUCGUUUUUUUUUUUUGAUUUUUGUGGGCAGUUUUUAUUCGAAUUUUUCCGUAAGCAUAUAAUUUUUAUUCACACCAAUUUUUUUUGAUUACUAUAGGGCGCAGCAUGGAGAAAUUAUUUCGUUUUAUUUUUAUUUUUUUGGGCAAUUUUUAUUCGAGUUUUUACGUAAGCAUAUAAUAUUUAUUCAAACCGAAUUUUAUUUGAUUACCAUAGGGCGCAGCUUGGAGAAAUUCCUUUCCUUUAAUGCUCCAGAAAAACAAAAUUUGGACAAAGUUCCUUAUUUUGGCCACAACAAAGGUACUCCGCGAACUGCGCCCAAGCUUGGGCACUAAACUUAGGAAAAAACGCUUCGACCUAGCUGGAACUGAAUUACUGUAAUAGCUCUAUAAUUUUAAGGGUACCUACAAAGGCUAUGACGACUCAUUUUGUUCCAUACGGAGGCAAUAAGUUUAGUUCCGGACAUGUUUCAUCGUAUAAAGUGUAAAAUCACAGGCUGCAGCCGUUUUUGCAGGGUAAGGUGGUACGUAAAAAAGAACGUACCUAGCUAACUAAAUCCACUGUCCGGGCAUUGACAACGAUGAAUUGAGCGUGCACGCUAAAUUUGGGCUAAUUCCGACCAGUUUCCGCAAAGUUAUAAGUUGUGGCCAAAAUGAGGAACUUUUACCCAAAAUUUUCCUAGUCCAGGCAUUUAGCUGAUGGCCAAUGCGCGGUACCUCUCUGAAAUUCUUCAUUAUUUGCAGCUCAUCUCGGCAGCUCCGUCAAAUGCUACCAAUGCGUUGGAGAGAAAGGCCGGAACGUCUCCGACGUCAACAUAGCAUGCUUCAAGUCGGGUGGCCAUGAGACGAGGGAAUGUCCCUUCGGCUGCUUGAAGGUGACAACUGAAUUCCACAGAGAGGCUUCGAUCAAAAGGACCUGCGCGCCGGCAAGUCUGACACAACAUGCUCAACGGGCUUUUAGGAAAAGGUGGAGAAAGAUGAAUGCGUCACCAAGCAAAAUUAUGACAAAGUCGACGAGUGCAGAUGCAAAGAAGAUCUCUGCAACGACGCUAUUGGAAUUCCACCGGCUCUUGUCACAACCGCCGCUCUUCUUAGUCUUCUGGCCGUUGUUUAUCAGAAUUUUUGA